AUGAGACUCACCAGAAAAUGGUUCGCAGUCAUCAACCCCCUGAUGGCGCUUGCGCUCAGGUCUCCCCUGCACUUCCUGUUCAGCGACAACAUCAUGCUGCUUACCUUCACGGGGCGUAGCAGCGGCCGCGCCUACACGACGCCUGUCCGAUACAUCCGGGGCAACGGCGCUAUUCGCUGCUUCACUUCACAGAGAACGCGAUGGUGGCGCAACAUGAUAGGAGGCGCAAGCGUCACGCUGCAUGUAGGCGGCGAGACGAAGAACUGCAAAGCAGAGGCUGUCUUUAACGACCCGAAAGGCAUUCAACCCGCGCUUGACGCUUACCUGCGCCGUUUCCCGCAGGACGCCGUCUAUCACAAUGUGCGCCUGAAUGCGGACAGGACGCCGAACACAGCCGACCUUGCCCUCGCAGCGUACACGGCUGUCCUUAUAAGAAUAGAAGUAGGCUGA